GGGGGAAGAUGGCGGCGAUGGCGCGGCUGUGGUGGCGCGGGGUUCGCGGCCUCCGCGUGUCCGGCGCCGGGCGGUUUUUCAGCCGUGGGCCAAAUGUGCUGCAUCAAGACAACAGUGCACCAAAAGCUGCAUUCUUCUCACCUCUUCAAAAAGUGAUGUUGCCACCAAAUACCUUCCAAGGGAAAGUGGCCUUUAUAACUGGGGGAGGUACUGGGAUUGGCAAAGGGAUGACAACAACUUUGUCCAGUUUAGGUGCCAAGUGUGUUAUAGCAAGCCGGAAGCUGGAUGUUUUGAAAGGAACAGCAGACGAAAUUUCUUCUAAAACAGGGAAUAAGGUUCAUGCCAUCCAGUGUGAUGUGAGAGAUCCAGUUUCAGUUAAGAAUGCUGUUGCUGAAACAAUCCAAAUGGCAGGACAUCCUGAUGUUGUGAUAAACAACGCAGCUGGAAACUUUAUUUCCCCUUCUGAACGACUUUCUCCUAAUGCCUGGAAAACAAUAACUGAUAUUGUUCUUAAUGGUACUGCUUUUGUAACUCUGGAAAUUGGAAAGGAGCUCAUUAAAGUAAAAAAAGGAGCAGCAUUCCUGGCUAUUACAACAAUUUAUGCAGAGAGUGGUUCAGGAUUUGUGUUGCCAAGUGCCUCUGCCAAAGCUGGUGUAGAAGCAAUGAGCAAGUCUCUUGCGGCUGAAUGGGGUAGAUAUGGCAUGAGAUUCAAUGUGAUUCAACCAGGUCUAAUAAAAACAAAGGGUGCUUUUAGCCGCCUUGACCCAACAGGCACAUUUGAGAAGAAGAUAAUUGAGAGGGUUCCCUGUGGUCGUCUGGGAACUGUAGAAGAAAUUGCAAAUCUUGCUGCCUAUUUCUGCAGUGACUAUGCAAGCUGGGUUAAUGGAGCAGUUAUUAGAAUGGAUGGUGGAGAAUAUGUAUCUAUGGCAGGAGAAUUCAAUGAUUUGAAGAGGGUUACCAAAGAGCAGUGGGAUAUGAUGGAAGCAAUGAUUAGAAAAACAAAAGGUUCCUAAAGUACAUAACUGGUGGAGAUUCUUGGAAAUGAACAACUACUUUUUCAUUAAUAUUUAGAAAUAACCAAUUGAGAAAUAGCCUUCAAAAUCUUUUGUAUGCUAUUUUCAAUAACAUAUUUUGAAAUGGUUGUAUUUUGAA